UGAAGACUGUCGUAUGUGGCUUGGAGGAUCAGUACGUUUGGCCACCCCUGUUAUAGGCUGUAAUCAAGUCACCCCUUAACCUUCUCUUUGUUAAGCUAAAUAAAUUGAACUCCUUGAGUCUAUUGCUAUAAGGCAGGUUUUCUAAUCCUUUAAUCAUUCUCAUGGCUCUUCUCUGAACCCUUUCCAAUGUAUCAACAUACUUCCUGAAUGGGUGGGUACCAGAACUGGACACAGUAGUCCUGCACCAGUGCCAAAUAGAGAGGUAAAAUAAUCUCUCUACUCCUACUCGCGAGUCCCCGGUUUAUGUAUCCCAGAUCACAUUAGCUCUUUUGGCCAGAUCUGCCUAUAGGUCUUGAGCUAAUGCUACCCUUAGUCCCUUUAGAAGCCAAGUGCCUUUCAUCUGAGGGCCCCAUAGCCUGUUACUGAUGUUAACCAAUUGGGCUUCACAACCACCCUGCCAGGCAGGUGAGUGUUAUCCCCAUUAUACAGGGGAGGAACACAGACACAAAGUAACCUGCCCAGGGUCACCCAGCGGGAGAGCUGGGAAGAGAACCCAGGAGUCCAGGCUCCCUGUUCCCAUCUCUUCCCACCAGGCCAUGCUGCCUGUGUGCACCCUGCACUGCCUGCCCUAUGGCUCUAGAAUCACGCGUGCUGUGGGACCUUUCCCUCGCUGACUGCUCCCAGGCCAUGUCUGACUCUCUCCUCCCUUCUCCUUGCAGGAUCUCCCCAUUCAGCCAGACAGUGCCAUGGCACGUCAACGACCUCUCCUGCUCUUGCUCUUUGUAGUGCUAGUAGUCAGCACCCACCUGUCAAGAGCUCAGCACUGGUCUCACGGCUGGUAUCCCGGAGGGAAAAGAGAACUAGAUUUGUCACAGACUCCAGAGGCUUCAGAAGAAAUCAAACUGUGUGAUGGGGAAGAGUGUGCUUAUCUGAGAAGCCCAAGGAAAACCAUUGUGAACGCUCUGCUGGCUGACAUGCUGGCAAGACAACUCCAGAAGAAGAAGUGAGCCCUUCCACAGACUCUUUCCGAAAUGCAUGCCAGCCCCACUGGCUUUUCAGUCGUUUCCUUUGCAACAUGAUGGUGUGUCUGUAGAUUCCAUGUAUCUGACCGUUAAAGUUCAUCUUAUGAACAUCUUGGCUGACUGCACUCAAAUGCUGGGAAUGUGGAUAAUGGUGUAAUGCCUGAGAAAUGUCCCCGACCCAUCACCCGACCAGAACGAGGCCCUGUCUGGAGUUCUUUACGCACUGGUGUAACUCCACCAUGUUGAAUAAAAUACUUUUAUUUUGCUACAUACACAAUUCCAUCCACAUUUAUGUCCUUACCCGUGUCUUAAAAAAAUAAAAAUAAACAAAUCUCCAGCCCCAUAAACAAGUUUUAAGCACGCACUGAUUUUUGAACAAGAGUCGGGUCACAAAGCCCUUUACCGGUAAUCCCUGCAUUGCUUUCUGGGUAGUUCAGCCUUCUGGCUCAGUGCUGGAAUAUUCUGCCAAACUUGAUUCAAAAUGUGAGAAAACAUCCUGUGUACAGCCCUUUAUUCACAGAGAUAUAAAUAUCAGGGUUACAUGUAACCUUGGAAAUGUUUGAUGGUGUUAGUUUUUUUCACAAAAGGCAACAUUCUCCCAUUCAUAUUAAGGAAAUAAGAAAGAGCUAAGGUAAGCUUCUUGGGAAGAUGAUAAAAGGAAACGUGAUCUAGUGGCUAGAGUGCUAGUCUGGGACUUGGGAGACCCAGGUUAAAGCCCUUCCUGCGUGACCUUGGGCAAGUUCGCUUAGUCUCUCAGUGACACAGUUUCCUCUCUGUACAAAUAAUAGCACUGCCCUAUUGGGGUGCUGUGAGGCUAAAUACAUUAGAGAUUGUGAAGAUACUAUGUAAUGGGGUUCAUAUACAUACCUAAGACAGCCCAAAGAGGGUAUCUUUUGUCUGUAGCAGGCUACAUCUGCCAUGAAUUGGCAGCUGCUUCUGCAGCAGUGAAGUAAUGUCAUUAAAGGUGCAGAACACAGAAACAAAGUCAUAAUAGAUGUAAGGAGCGUACAGAUUGUAACUGGAAAACAUAGGUAUGAAU